AAAACAACAAGGCUCCUAAAUCGAUGACCGAUUGAAUCAACGGCGACUCCCUUCGGACUUUUUCACAAUGGCAGACAAACAAAAUGCCCAGAAAAGUGUCAAAAUAGCUGCUGGAGCCGUAGUUUGUGUUGAAAGUGAAAUCAGAGGAGAUGUUACAAUUGGCCCCAGGACAGUGGUCCAUCCAAAAGCUCGUAUCAUUGCAGAGGCAGGACCCAUCGUGAUCGGAGAAGGCAAUCUGAUCGAAGAGCAAGCCCUCAUCAUUAACAGUUACCCAGAAAAUAUCACACCAGAUUCUGAGGUGGAGCCAAAGACGAUGACCAUUGGCAUCAACAAUGUAUUUGAAGUUGGAUGUGUAUCACAAGCCCUCAAAAUUGGUGACAACAAUGUGAUAGAAUCUAAAGCUGACGUUGGCAGAAAUGUGAUCCUCACCGGUGGCUGUAUUAUCGGCGCCUUCUGUCAGGUCAACACCUGUGAGGUCAUACCUGAGAACACAGUCAUCUAUGGCUCUGGAUGUAUGAGGCGGGUUCAGACUGAGAGACCACAGCCCCAGACUCUUCAACUUGACUUUCUGAUGAAGAUUUUGCCAAACUACCACCACUUGAAGAAAACUGUUAAAGCAGGCCAUGCUGCUAGCUAAGACUUAACUUCAUACUCUUUAAGUUGAUUUGUAAAUGGCUAGCAAACCUGUGUUUAAAUAGAUUUUGCUGGAAGAAAGCAUGAAUGUAUAUAAUUCUAUAAUAUGUACCUAACCUAUCAGUAAUUGUUCCUCACUUACUGAUAUUUUAUACUCAACAGCAGAUUAAGCAUUUCAUCUUUAUCUUGCUGUGCUGAAGUACAUUUUUCUAUGAUUAAAUACCUUAAAGUAA